GCGCUUGUGGAAAUCACACAUGAAUACCUUAAGAGAAAGCGAUUGUAGCUAUUUGGGAUACAACACUUCUCAGACGGCAAGAGAACUUUCCACUGUCCAGAUGUAGCUGAGAUGUGCGGCGAAGGCCUCCACCGCCAGAGGACAGGGAACCUCGCCGCUUUUCCUCUUGAUGAUCAAACCUGCAGCAAAGUGGAAAAAGGAACACGACAACUAAAACCUGUGUGCGGUUCUCUGAGUCCACAGAAUGAUAGGCUCACAAUCUCAACCUUUUUUUGUCUGCUCGAAACAUGAGAGGCACCUCCUACUGAACUCUGAUUGGGCAGAGUGUGCAGAGCUCAGGCACAUGGCGAGUUUCAAGAUAACACAUCUGCGUUGGAGAGCUACAAGAAGUGUGGGCUGACCUUGCUUGCUAAACUCGGUGAAGAGUCCAAGGCUGGUGAUGGAUGGCCCCGUGAAGAUGAUGGUGUUCUUUCCAGAGAUGUUCUGGCACAGCUGCUUGGCCACUAGACUGUGCAGCUGAGGUUUGUUCUUCAGGGCGGACAGAGCGUCUCCACCUUGGCCCUCCUUCAGAUGCACAGAGAGCUGUGCAGGCAGGUGGUGAUGAAGACGGGGUCCUCGUCUAUCAAGGGUUCGUGGAGAACCUGUAACAAAAGGAUGACUUUGACGUUGACCAGUUUGUGUCAGAAUGUCGGAAGCAGGUGCAGCUGGAGGAGAUGAGAGAGGACCUGGAGUUCUACUACAAGCUGCUGAAGACCGCCAUGGUGGAGCUCAUCAACAAGGACUAUGCUGACUUCGUCAACCUCUCCACCAACUUGGUGGGGAUGGACAAAGCCCUCAAUCAGCUUUCUGUGCCGCUGGGACAAUUACGCGAGGAGGUUAUGAGCCUCCGGUCAUGUGUCAGUGAGGUGAUAAAUGCAAUCGACACCCAGCUGUCCAAACAAGAGGACUUGCAGAAGAAAAAGGUUUGUGUGCUGAGGCUGAUCCAGGUGGUGCGCUCAGUUGAAAAGAUCGAGAAAAUCCUCAACUCCCAGAACUCCAAAGAGUCCAGCUCUCUGGAAAUGAACAGCCCCUUGAUGGCAGGUCAGAUCCUGGAGAGGAUGGCCACAGAGUUCAACCAGCUGCAGUUCCAUGCCGUGCAGAGCAAAGGCAUGCCGCUGCUGGACAAAGUCAGACCUCGUAUCGCAGGUAUCACCUCCAUGCUGCAGCAGUCGCUGGAGGGUCUUCUCAUCGAGGGUCUACAGACCUCCAACGUGGACAUGGUGCGCCACUGCCUGAGGACUUACGCCACCAUCGACAAGACCCGGGACGCCGAAGCGCUGGUGGGACAAGUGCUGGUGAAACCCUUCAUGGAUCAGGUGAUUGUAGAAGAGGUGGUCAAGUCCACCCCGAAUGGUCUCCAGCUGAUGUUUUCAAGGCUGCUGGAGUUUGUGCCUCAUCACUGCCGACUACUCAGAGCGGUGACAGGAGGAGCUGUGGCCAGCGACAAAGCCGACAUCGUCCCCGGCUACGACUUCAUGGUGAACUCUGUGUGGCCCGAGAUGAUCAAAGGCAUGGAGGAAAGGUUGGCCUUUCUCUUCAACCCCGGAAACCCUGACCUUUUUUACCAGCGUUACAGCAUGAGCACAGACUUUGUGCGCAGGUUCGAGCGCCAGUGCAGCUCUCAGGCCAGCGUGAGGAGGCUCAGAGCGCAUCCGUCGUACGUCAGCUUUCACAACAAGUGGAACCUGCCCGUCUACUUUCAGCUACGGUACAAGGAAGUAGCAGGCAGCUUGGAGAACGCCAUCAGUGAUGGACUCAAAGCAGCGCCAGCUGGCAGCGUGUACCACCUGCAGGCGUCUGUGGUGCUGUGGUCCUGCAUCGUCAGGUGCUGGUCUGACAAAGUCUACCUGCCGGCCCUCGCUCACCGCUUCUGGAAGCUCACACUGCAGCUCUACUCGCGAUACGGAACCUUCCUGAAUGAGGUGCUGACGAAGACUCCGCCCCAAGAGGUGAGCAAGGAGCCCAGCAGGCCCCUCCCCAGCUCCGCCUCCUCCACCUCCAGCAGGACGUCCGUGGAGGAGACGGGCAGCGAGAGCGGAAGUCCCGCCUCCUUGUCCACCAAACAGCUGGUCCACAUGGCGGCGGACGUGCAGAAACUACAAGAGCAGCUACCAGACGUGUCAGACAUGCUCAGACAGCGCUUGGACGCCAUCGGGUUCACAAACUUUGUCAUCGUGGAAGAGGCGCUAGCGGACUCCAAGGCGUGUUUGGUCAGCAGCAUCCCCGCCCUCAGCGCGCGUAUGACGCAACACCUCAGCGAACGCAGCUGCCGCUUCCUCAAGAGCGCGUCGGAGGUGCCUCGGCUCUACCGCAGGACCAACAAGGAGGCGCCCGUGCGAUCGUCAGCGUACAUGGACAACGCCUUGCGGCCGCUGCAUCAGCUGCUGUCCGACUGCACGGGCCUGGUCGCCACGGAGACGGCACGGGAGUGGCUGAGGGUGACGCUUUCAGAAUGCACACAAAGGUACUACGAGACCAUCUCUGAGGUUCUGAGCUCGGUGAGAAAGAUGGAGGAGAGCCUGAAGCGGCUGAAACAAGCCAGGAAAGGAGCCAGCGCCUCCGCCAGCGCCGCCGCGUCCAACGGCGGGCCCACGGACGACAGCAAGAUCCGACUGCAGCUGGCUCUGGACGUGGAGUACCUGGGGGAGCAGAUCCUCCAGAUGGGUCUGGAGCCAGCAGACAUCUCCAUGUUCUCCAGCCUGAUGGAGCUGGUGAAGGAAGCCAGAGACCAGUAGACCUGGUCUGGAUGCUCAGGUGACUUGACGGGAUGUGGAACGUUUUUCACUCCCUGACUGCACUGUGAAGAAAGAAUGUGAUACAGACUUUUGUCCAUAUUUAAUCUGCAUAUCGCUAGUAAGUUGGGAGGAAAAUAAAUGCUGUCAUUGUACACUUUCAAUCUUCUAGAAGGAGUUUCAAUGUAAACCUCUGCUAAUAUUUAGUGGGAUAAAUUGAAUGGCUGUAUUUUUUUUUUUACACAUUUAUUUAUAACGUAUUAAGCUAAAUACUAUCAGUAUAAAUAAAGUAUUAAUUUGGUCGAAUAAAGAAAACCAUAAUGAAGUUAUUUAAUGAUAACAUAUAUUUUAUAAUA